GAAACCAAUGGAAAGCAUGUGUUGUGUAAUGACAUGUGUUUUCAAACACUGAUUUCAUUCACAGUUUAUUUACGAGACAAUUAUCACCACAUCUGAUCUACAAGUAUGGCCACCGACUCGGACAACAAGUUGAGACAAAUAGAGGACAUCAAGCACAAGACACAAGCGGUGAUCGACGACCGCAAGAAUGUCAACAAUUUGGUCGAUGUGUUGACAGUACUUACCGACGACUUGGAUCAGACUCGUGGUGACAGUGGCGACAAGUGCUCGCCGCUGAUGGUCGACACCAUCAUCCGAUCGCUGAACAAGAUAUUCAUCCGUUAUAUUCACACCAAAGAGUUGGUGAUCAGCGACGGCGACACCGACGCCAACCUUACCUACAAGAAGUGGUUGACCGGUGUCUACCACCGCACGAACGACACACUCCUAAGACUUAUCGGUGAUAAUCGGUACUCGAAGGCGACGCAGAAGUUGGCCCUGAAUUCGCUGAUGAAAUGCGUGGCCGAAGAAGGCAAAUACCCGUUCCGUACGGAUAUACCCAUUGAUCGUAAGGACACGUUCGCCGCGGAUCUACUGAACGACAUCUGCAGACAACUGGUGUCCGCGACGGCAGACAAUCGACAACUGAUCGCUAAUUACAUCGAGAAUUACCUCGAGUUUGACGACUGU